AUGUGCUCAGCCAGGAAUCGUAAUCGGAUCUCCACGUUUGCCGGACGGGCGUCCUUUAGACCACCGAGACAAGGUUUAGUUCGAGGUGAAGUCGAAAUUAUCCAUCCUAUAUUGACGUGGCUUUUGAAGAAUAUCGACAUAGUUAAAAAAAGAGCGUAUCUGUCACAAUUUCUUGUCAAGGUUGAAAUUCCGUCUGAGUAUCUGGGAGAUUCGGAAAUAUCCCUUUUACACGAACAAUAUUUGUCUCUCGUUGACAAAUUUAAGACAGUUCAUAAAGAAAGAGAGAUAGGAAAAAAGAAUGUUGAAACUGCUGCUGAGCUUGCAACGGAUUUACAAGCAAUGGCAAAGGAAAAGGAAAUAAAAGUUAUAAGAUUUAAAAAGAUCUAUUUACUGAUCUAAUCAGUUUGUCUUUGGGUGGCGUUACCAAGAAUCAAGGACACAUUGAUUUUUUCAAAUAAAACACCCUAUUUUUGAUUCCAGAAUCUAAUAGUUGGUAUUGAGAGCUUUUCAAAACAUUAUAAUGAUAUUUAUUAUUAUUACAUACUUAUUGAGUUAUGAUCGAGGUGAAUUAUUAUUACAAUACUUAUUGAGUUAUGAUCGAGUUAUGAUCGCUUGAAAGUUACAGUAUCUUCGAUAUUAUCCAAGAUGUACCACGCGGAACGUUGCUCGACCAGAUCGGAUUUACACCUCUUUUGUCGUAUAUGCAUGUGAGUGUGUGUGUAAAAAAAUAUUAUUUGACUUUGAUUUUU